AUGAAUAUAAAGAUCGUUUUUUUUCUCUUGCUGCUUGAUACUUUUUCAUCUGGAUGGCUUAUUUUCAAACGUCGACGUUCAUGUUCUGCAAAGAGGUGCAAAGUGUCUUCUUGGGGAGCUUGGACGACUUGCUCACAAAGUUGUGGCAUCUUCGGGGUGAAGGAAAGGAGUCGCUAUAAAACAGCUUCUGAAUCAUGCGGGGGCUCUUGCGUCCCUUUAAAAGAACAGAUAGGAUGCAACCACAUAUGUUGUCCCAAACCAUGUGUUUAUAAAUACUCCGAUUGGGGCAAAUGCGAGGGAUGUGGAGUUUCUGGGGUGCAACGCAGAAAUCCAGUCUUAGUAAAAGCAGAAGCGUGUGGCGGUAGUUGCGCUGUUCUGAAAGUUGAAACUCGAAAGUGCGACACUGGAAGCAACAACGAUUUUUUUUCGAUGGAAUUAUCUGUGACUAAAAGAAAGGAUGCGCAAUCAGGUAUUUACCAUCACAAAUGUUGUCCUGUCAAUUGCCAGAUGAACAACUGGGGAAGUUGGGGUAGUUGUAGCGCGGCUUGUGAACGAACUGGUGUAAAGAAAAGGUAUCGAAGUAUUAAAGUAUCACCAUCAUGUAAUGGCCUUUCUUGUCCGACUACAUCUGAUACAAAAGCGUGCAAUGGUCCUUGCUGCCGUCGAAAUUGUAAAGUUUCCACUUGGAGUUCUUGGGGAAAGUGUAAUGCUGCUGCAGGUGUGUGUGGUACAAAUAGUGGUACUCAAAUACGGACAAGAAAAGUGACAACUCGACAGUCAUGUGGAGGCACCUGUGUUAGUCUUCUCGAUUCUAAAAAAUGUACACCAGUACCUAUAACGUGUAAGGUGGUCCAGCCUUCACAAACUUACCCGAUCAAAUAUUUUUCGUAUAAUGCAUACUACAUAAUGGCUUCUACAUUCCCUUCUUCUUUUGCAUGGUGA